AUGUCUUCGUUUCAGAUUUUAUCUCUUAUCACAGCAGCUACUUCUGUCGUAGCACUCGCUGGGACACCAAAUGUUUACGCAGGUAGCCGACGAGGUUCAUGCUAUGAUGCUGCUGCAGCUGAAGACACCUGCUGCUACUCAUCACCUGCGAGGAUGGUUCAGACUCAAGUCUGGGAUACACGACCAGUCACUGGACCUUUAGAUUCAUGGACUGUUGGUGGACUUUGGCCAAUCCACAACGACGGCUCCCUCCCUACCCACUGCGACACCAACCGCACAUACACAAACAUCACACAAAUCCUCUACCAUGCCGGCGCUGAAGAUACUAUUGACGAAAUGAACAGACUCUGGGAGUCACCCGAUGGAGAUAACGACGAGCUCUGGCAAGAUCAGUGGGUUAAGCAUGGCACAUGCUUCAGCACCCUGAGCCCGGAGUGCUUCAGCCACUAUGAAGUCUCAGAGGAAGCAGCCCCGUACUUCCAAAAAGCCAUGUAUCUCCACAAGAGGCUGCCGACUUAUGAGUGGCUUCGUGACGACGGCAUUAUCCCUUCAUAUUCCAUGUUUUAUCGGCUCUCUGAUAUCCAAGAUACACUUGAGGAUCAUCAUGGCUCACGCGUGUCACUUCGCUGUGCUGGACAAAGGAUAAGGGAGAUUGGGUAUUACUUCAAUGUCACAGGGACUUUGCAAGAUGGUGUCUUCACUGACUCUGGUGCAUUCGGCGACUUGGGCGACUGUCCAGAGCUGGUCUUGUAUGAACCGAAGGGUGAGACCAAGAAAGCGAUUUUUAACUUUGAGACGUUUCAUCCGCAUACCGCUGCAGAUGUGGAGGACCUUUAG